AAUUUUGGGCUAACUUUAAAGUUUGCUAAAAAUUAUAGAUUUCUGGCAUAUAAUUUUUUAGAAGAAAGUAAUACUGAUCUAUGUAAUGAAGUCAGAAUGAAAAAAACAAGCACAAGUGAGAAAGUCUCACAGGAUGAAAUCAUAUCAAAUACAAAAAAUGUGUUACGAGGGUUAGAAACCCUUAAAAGUGAACAUGAUGGCUUGCUGGUAAAGUUGUCAACGAAACAGCGAAAUGGAGACCAUGAUGGAAGUAGCAGCAAAGAUGCCACUGAAAAAGUCGAUGUCAUUCAAAAAUCAUUAGAAAAAAUUGAACUAGGAAUUGGGGAGGCCCAGGUAAUGAUGGCAUUAUGCAGCCAUUUAGGACAAAUAGAAGCAGAAAAACAAAAAUUAAAAGCGCAAGUCAGACGAUUGUGUCAAGAAAACGCUUGGUUGCGUGAAGAGCUUUCUGCUACCCAGCAGAAACUUCAGACUAGUGAACAAAAUGCUGUACAAUUAGAGGAAGAAAAGAAACAUUUGGAGUACAUGAACACGUUAAAGGUAUACGACGAAGAGAGGCCACAGGAUGAGGGUAUCGAUAGUGAUUUUCAUGAGGAUAUUCUAGAUGAAGGAAAUGAAUCAGAUAAAGAUGAAGAUGACACUUUGAGUCAGGUUUCUUCUGUUGCAAGCUCUGUAAAUAACGCUGGUGUGUAUGAAAUUCCUGCACGACUUCGAACAUUGCACAACCUAGUAAUUCAAUAUGCAUCCCAGGGAAGAUAUGAAGUUGCAGUACCCCUUUGCAAACAGGCAUUAGAAGAUUUGGAGAAAACGUCUGGACAUGACCAUCCUGAUGUAGCAACCAUGUUAAACAUUCUUGCUCUUGUGUAUAGAGAUCAAAGCAAGUAUAAAGAAGCUGCCAAUCUUCUCAAUGAUGCAUUAGCAAUACGAGAGAAAACUUUGGGUCCAGAUCAUCCUGCUGUCGCUGCAACAUUGAACAACUUGGCUGUUCUUUAUGGCAAACGUGGUAAAUACAAAGAGGCUGAACCAUUAUGCAAGCGAGCUCUUGAGAUUAGAGAAAAGGUUUUGGGUAAAAAUCAUCCAGAUGUUGCUAAGCAACUAAACAACUUGGCACUUUUAUGUCAGAAUCAAGGCAAAUAUGACGAGGUUGAAAUGUACUACCAAAGAGCUUUAGAAAUAUAUGAAACACAACUAGGCCCUGAUGAUCCUAAUGUAGCAAAAACUAAAAAUAAUUUGGCUUCGGCUUAUCUGAAACAGGGAAAAUAUAAAGCUGCUGAACAACUCUACAAAGAGGUGCUUACAAGAGCUCAUGAACGUGAAUUUGGUAAAGAUGACGAGAGUAGGCGUGGGAAAGAUAACGCACCCUAUGGUGAAUAUGGUGGAUGGCAUAAAGCAGCCAAAGUGGACAGUCCUACUGUUACGACGACGUUACGAAAUUUAUCUGCUUUAUAUCGACGACAAGGGAAAUUCGACGCUGCCGAAACAUUAGAAGAAUGUGCUAACAGGUCUAAGAAAAAUCCUAUGGACGUCAUGCGUCAGUCUCAGUUAGCAAGUAUACUAGGAACUGAUGGAGGGAACGGGUCAGCUUCUAGUGGAGUAGGUGCUAGUUUAAAAUCUUCUUCAAGAUCUGAAGAUCUGGAUGGUAGAAUGGAAGAGGAGGAAAAACGAAGAAAAGACAAAACUACAUUAUCCCGUCUAAAACGCACAUUUAGUAAUCGAGGCCAAAAAAUAAUGGAGAAAAUUAGUUCAGGAAAUUUGAAACGUUCUUCUUCGCGGGAAAAUCUCGGUAUGCAAUCUAAAAUACCACAAUCGGAUCGUAUUUCACGAAGUACGUCACAUCUAGCUCAACUGUCAAACGAACAAAGGAACAUACAGGUUGAAAAUGACGACCAAAAUGAACCAAUCAUCGAACAGCAAGACAGAGUAUAUAGUCAUAACAAUUACGGACUGCGACAAACAGUAGACAACGCACAUGGUUUUCGUUGACAACGCGUGUUACUAUGACAACGCGCUGCGUUUCACUUCUAUUAGUUCUCUGCAAUGUUUUUUUUUAUUUUGUUUUAUGAAAUUUUGAAUGAUUUGAUACCGAAAAAUAUCUGGUUAUCUAUUUUGAUAUAUCAUGUGUGCAUAGCAUGUUUGAAUAUAAAAAUAUUUUAUUUCCGCACGUUAAAAUCAUAGUAAAGAUAAUAGUAGACGCACAUAUCUUUGCUUUUAUGUUUUUAUGUUUUUGUUUCAUUUGUUUUUUUAUUUUAUAUAUGUUUUUUUUUAUCACUGUUUAUAAUGUUUUUUUUUAGUUUUAAGCCGAAAAACAACUUAAAGUUGCUUCGCAUGGUUUUUCAUGUGACAGUAUAAUUUGCAGAACUAAACAUGUUUUGUUUAAAAGGGUGUUUUAUCACUUCUAAACAUAAUGUUAGGUUUCAAGGAAUGUUUAAAACUUUCCUCGCGGCACUAUCUAUGCGACACAAUGAAUGUUGACGCUAGCAACAGUAACUAACGACUAACACCGACUGAUUCACAUUCUAGCAAAUAAUGUCGUAUUUGUACCGUCAACUUUGUCACCAGAUCUUUGAAAAAGAUUGCACGUUAAUAAUGACACUAAUUUAUUCUUUUUAGUCCAAAUCCCCAUUUAACCGUACUGGCAGCGCUGAUCCACACUAAACUGUUAAUCAAAUAAAUUGUAAAUUAUAACUAAUUUCUGGGGUUCUGCUAAUCUUCUACACAAUUUCUUCCCCAUAGCCAGCCCCAAGAAAACUGCGAGGGUAUGGGAACGAAAUUGUGUAGUUUUAUUAAUUUAUACAUUAUUUAAUACAAAUCAGAAAUAUUUAAUUCCUUUCGUUCCCAGUACUUUUUAAUUAUGAUAAUUAUUAGCCUCGUACUGGUUAGUUAUUUUCUUGUCAUCUCGUUUUUUAUUUUUUCAGUUUUUACUUAAAACGUGUGACCACACUGCGGAUAGGUAUCGCUCCAAAAUGUUUUUUAUUGCAAAUAUCAGAAAUAGUUUUUUUUUGUUAUUACUAUUAUGGCAGAUUAGGAACCAGAAAUUGAGUCUUGUUUAUUUGAAAAAAUGCUAUAAAUGUAUACAGUAAGUUGAUAUUCUAAAAUUAUGUAAGUUAAUCCUUUUGCUGACUUAGAUUCCUCUUUUCAUAAGAAGAGGGCGUUACAAUAGGAGGCGUUUGUAAAACACUUGAUUUUUGGGUGGGCGUUGUUUUCUUAUUCUGUUUUGAUAAAUUACUUUUGUGAAUAAUUCCCAGACUAGGGACAUCGAGUCUAGGUGAUUUGCUAUGGAGAAUAAUUUAACUCUUUAUUCAGUUGUAUGAGCGAUACAGCUCAAAACGUCUGCAUAGGCUUGCCAUUACGGAGCGACGCCUAUCUGCAAGUGUGAAUACGGCCUUACAAAAGGCAUAGUUCGUGUGUGGUUUCCAGUGAAAAUCAACGUUACCCAAUCACUUUAAUGACAAAAAAAAAUUAGAUAAUCGAGUUUAAAUGAUAUUAUUGAGGCGAUUAUUAUAAAUUUUUUGAAUUGAGUUAUUCCUGAAUGUUGUGGAGAUGCAACCAUGGUAUAAACUAUUGUACAAUAUUUUAGUUUUUUGGGGGACCACGCUUUUUAGUCAACGAUAGAUGUUUCACUAUUUCUUUGAAUAUGCAAUCUAAACGGGGUAUGUUUUUUUUGUAUAUAAGCAUGAUAUUUAUAAGCAUGUCGAGGCUCAGAUUGACUAAAGAAUAAGCAUACUUUUGUGUACUGAAAAUAAACAAAUUUUAUUUCCAGGAGGGGUUGUUAAAAAAACGUUUGCUAAGCAUACCCCGAGCCAGCAACUUCGUUCUCAGACUGUCCAAAUAUAAAAAGCCCAACGAACUCUGGGGACGAGGUUUGCUGAGCCGGUUCUCAAAUUUUCAUAUGCUUAUAAAAAUUAUGUGUAUCGGCUUAACUAUAUCGUGAAAACGUGUGGAAAUAUUUACUGUGGUGUGCGCACUGCUUUUAUGUUUCCUCACGUUUUUCUUUUGAUGUUUUAUCUAAUUCACUGAAUUUAUUCGUCAUUGUCUAAGUUAUAUAUUGUGUUACGAAAUUUAAAGUGAUAAGAAAUAUUUAUUUUUGUUA